AUGGAGGGAGAUUCUUUGAGGAAUGUUUACCCAGAGUUAUAUGAGGUUUCGCUCUUAAAAGCAGUUUCGAUUGGGGCGAUGGGAGGGUGGAUAGAUGGUAAUUGGCUUUGGGGUGAUCUUGGUAUUUCCGAGUCACUUUUGGUAGAGAGCGGUUUGUUGGGGAAGUACACUUUGUUACGGGAUAGUUUAUUGCAUUCAAAUGGUCCGAUGGAAGUUCUCGGGAAAGAUGAGGUGAUGUGGAUAGGUGGUGACAGUUUGGACUUCACGGUGGCUUCAUGCUAUGAUUUCUAUGAGAGGGAUUUAAUUCCUUUCGGUCCCUAUUUUAAGUUUGAUGAAGCUUAUCGGCAUUUUUGGAAAGCGGAAGUGCCUUUCAAAAUUAAGCCUUUUGGUUGGAGACUUCUCCUCGAUAGACUUCCUACAAAGGAGCUUUUGGUUUUUAGAGGUAUUUCUAUUCCUUUAGAUAAAUUAAUGUGUACAUUUUGUGGGUAUGGUGUUGAGAAUAGGAAUCAUUUCUUUUUUUGUUGUAGAGUGGUUAAGGAUAUAUGGUUUGAAAUUGCUCUUUGGGUGGGUAAAUCGGUUAGUGCGGAGGGUGAAUGUUUGUCGAAUUUUAUGGAUUGA